AUGUCUAACCUUUUGGAAUACGUCAGCGACAUCAAUGAAGAGCUCGAAAAACAAAAUGAAAUUCAUGCUAUCUAUACAGAUUUCUCCAAGGCAUUUGACAUGGUUGACUUUUGGCCUUCUUGUCCAAAAGUUGUACCACGCAGGACCCCGAGCGAAACUCGGCAGGAUAUUGUCAUCGGCGACAAGACAUUCGCGGCUGUACAUGACUUUGUGUACCUGGGAUCAUUAAUAUCAGACCAGAACGAAAUAUCUGCAGAAAUAUGCAAACGAAUCAUGGCUGCAAACAAGUGCUACUUCGGCCUUCUGAGAUAUUUUCGAUCGAAACUGCUAUCCCGAAACAUAAAGGUACUGCUAUACAAGACCCUACUAAGACCGGUACUAACAUAUGGGUCCGAAAGCUGGGUCUUGAGCAAAAAAGAUGAGGAUUGCCUGCUGGUCUUCGAACGAAAAAUCCUCAGACGAAUAUUCGGUGCUGUGCUGGAAAAUAGACGUUGGAGAACACGGUAUAAUCAUGAGCUUUAUGGAAUGUACAAGGAGCCGAAUGUCAUAAAGACCAUAAAACUCGGCCGUUUACGCUGGGCCGGACACGUUGCACGUAUGGACGACAACAGGGCUCCUCUGCGUCUGCUUGAUGGAAAACCAGAUGGACGUAGAAAUCGUGGAAGACCAAAGCUCCGUUGGUUGGAUGGCGUGGAACAGGACUUAAAGACGAUAGAUGUGAAAAAUUGGAGAACCCGGGCAAAGGAUCGAGAUGUCUGGAAGAAAAUACUAGACCAGGCCAAGGCCCACUCGCGGCUGUAG